CCACAGUUUGUGACAGACACUCGGCUAAUGAGCUAUUUUGUGAUGUACGAUAUGACAGGAAACAAAAGUAGACGACCACAGAGAGUGAUUCAAAGUAAAGAGAUUGUGUUGCAGAAGCAAACUUUAGAGAUGGAAAGCGGGCAGUUGUUUUCUGAAGCUAAAGGUGGUGCAGUUCCCUCUUUUUUGCCUAGUGAAGGAAUAGAAAGAAGGCUGGAAGCCGUGCCCCAAGCCCGAGAAUUCGUCAGGAACUUAUUAGGCUUCUUUGAAGGAUUUAUAAGAACCUCGGAGUUCGAGUUAAAUACAUUCAAGCUACUGAAGAGCAGUAUCGCACCUUGCAAAAUUGAUAUUAGUUGUCGAGAACCGAGUGAGGAUUUGAAGCUACGUGAACGAAGUCGAUGGUGUAUGCGGUCUUCAUUGUUUCCCAGCUUGCCCGUUGUGAAAGACCGCGAACCAGUUAGCGUGGUCCACAAACUUAUGCAAUGUACUAUAUCUGAUAUGGAGAGACUUGAAAGUUUCUUCAGCUCCUGUCAUUUUCAGACGCUGUCACCGCCAAAUCAUAGUAUACAACAUGUUUCUGAGCAAGAUAAAUUCUUAUCUUUUUCUCAAUCUGAAACAGUCAAGCCGAAGUCUUCAGCUGCCGAAAAACGGAAAUGCCAUAUGCCACGAAAUCCCAGUAUGAGAAUGCAGCAGAGAUAUGAAGCUACAGAAAGGGAGUUGUAUGAUAGUCGCUUUGGGGAUAUGAUUUCUUCUGACUCACUGAUUCCUUCUCCAACUUACACUUGUUCCAGUGAGACGAAUGAAGUGGGACAAGACAAAGGGGAACCUGGCGAUUGCUACUUGAACACCGACUUUUUCUCUGAAAGUACUUUGCACACUUAUGGAUUUUCAUUUUCGUCAGAUUUUCCAAAGAGAACAGAAUAGGAGAAUAGAUAGAAACGAUGGAGUUUCGCGCGAAACAAGUCCUAUUGUAAAAUAAGCCUAUGAAUUGUCAAAAUAUACUUUGAUCUUCUCUUCGUCGUAUGUCUAACAAUGGCUUGUAUCAUAAGGUAUCUCACACAUCACAUAGACAUAAAAUCCUCGUUUAAGAA